GGCUGAGAAGUACCACAAGGAGUACAGGGAGAUGUACAGGUGUGAGAUCCGCAUGGGGCGGACGGCCCGCAAGGUUGGGAACUUCUACGUCCCAGCUGAGCCCAAGUUGGCCUUCGUCAUCAGGAUCAGGGGUAUCAACGGCGUCAGCCCCAAGGUUCGCAAGGUUCUCCAGCUCCUGCGUCUGCGUCAGAUCUUCAUCGGAGUGUUCGUCAAACUGAACAAGGCUUCCGUCAACAUGCUGAGGAUCGCCGAGCCCUACAUCGCUUGGGGGUACCCCAACCUGAAGUCUGUGCGCGAGCUGAUCUACAAGCGUGGCCACGGCAGGAUGACCAAGCAGCGCAUCGCCCUCACAGACAACGCCCUGGUCGAGAAGGCCCUGGGUAAAUACAGCAUCAUCUGUGUGGAGGACCUGAUACACGAGAUCUACACAGUCGGAAAUAACUUCAAGCCUGCCAACAACUUCCUGUGGCCCUUCAAGCUGUCCACACCCCGCGGUGGCAUGAACAAGAAGACUACUCACUUUGUGGAGGGAGGAGAUGCUGGAAACAGGGAAUCUUUCAGUGGAAUGUGA